AUGUGGGGUUACGAUGGAGGACGACUGCGUGUGGGAGCUGUGAGCAAACAUUAUGGAAGACUCCAGCACAUCUUGACUCAUCAGCAUGGUGCUGUUGGUAAUGAGCAAUGCAAUGGAAUCAAUCACCAUUUAUGCACAGCUGAACUGCAACCUAACAGUUGCAGGUUUGAUGGUGCCGCACCAGAACCUCGUAAGGGAAUAAGAAGUGGUCAUGUCCCUGGAAGCAAGUGCAUUCCUUUUCCCCAGAUGUUGGAUGCUUCUCAGACACUCUUACCAGCAGAUGAGCUUAAGAAACGAUUUGAGCAAGAAGGCAUUUCACUGGAUAAACCUGUUGUAACUUCAUGUGGCACUGGCGUAACAGCUUGUGUCCUUGCAUUGGGUUUGCAUAGACUCGGGAAGCCUGAUGUCGCCGUCUAUGAUGGAUCAUGGACUGAAUGGGGAGGUCAUCCAGACACACCUGUCGACGCAUCUUCAUAAAAUGGUAAUGCAAUACCAUCAAUAGCUUGGCAGCAAAAUUGACAGCUGAAGCCUAAUCAAAUACACAGAUUGCGGCAGAAAAGGCGAUAUCUAAAAUGUUAAAAGUUUGUCAUUUUUUUUUUUUUUUUUUUUUUUUUAUGGUGUUAAAUAUGAAAAUCUGAACCCCAGGGUCAGAAACAUUGGUGUUGAAUCCUCAAAAAGAAUACAUCUUCUGAGUGUUUUGAGUUACAUUGUUGAUUAGAAAUAAGUAACAUGUGAUGUGAGCUUAUAUUUUCUUGAAAGAAAGCAGAGUUCUGUAUCUCUA